AUGCUUGGCAUCACCACGGUAUCCUACACGUUUAACAUCAUGGGGGAUUACACUGAGGUCCUUCAAGCCAAAAGAGGAAUUCGACCAGGUGAUCCUCUAUCACCUAUGUUAUUUGUCCUCAUUAUGGAGUACAUGAACAAGUUGUUGGUCAAAAUGCAAAGGGACCCUAAUUUUAAUUACCAUGCCAAAUGUGAGAGUUUGAAAAUUACCAACCUCACUUUUGCAGAAACUUUCAGAAAUUUCUCCAAAUCCACGGGACUGAUGAUGAACCCUAACAAAUGCAAGAUUUAUUUUGGGGCUUUGAAUAUGGAAACUAGAAAGAGUUUGAAGGAGCUAUUGGGUUUUCAAGAAGGCUACCUUUCAAAUACCUAG